AUGAGUCUCGGAAAACGCAAAACCAGUACAGGGUCACUUGCCUCAUACAAGACGGCAUACGAACAAAUGGAUGCUGAUCUCCGUACUCCGCCUUCAACUAUCAAUCAAGGUGGCGCCUCAUUCACAAAAGAGCCAUCAUCUCCCUUGGUGUCUGAGAGCCAAGUCAUCACAGUGCUCAGGGACGAGAGAAGGAAUCAUGUUGGUUCGUCACGGCCCAGUAUCAACAGCCGCAUCUCAGAAGGACAGAAAAUCCCACACUAUCAACACGAUGUUCGCUAUCGAUCCGAGCUUGCUUUCAAACGGAUGAAGGAUCAGAUCCUGCGAGACGGCAAAAAAUUCCAUCAGUGGCGGCAACGAUUCAACCAUGAGCGCAGGGAGAAAGAGGGCCUAGAGACCGAGUUGAACAGGCGCCAAACUGCCUUGCAUGCCAGCAGAAAACUGGUCGCGGACCUCGAAAGCGGCAUACGAAAGUUGACUAACGACAAGACCGAACUAGAACAUCAGAUUGUUAAUUUGAAUAUCGAAUGCGAGGAGAAUCGUAAUACUGUUGCGCAGCAAGAUGAAAUCCUUCAAAAGCAGAGGCAGAGAAACAUUGAAUUGGAGGACAGGGUGAUGGGUUUGGAGACCAAGCACACCGACGACCAGAGAUUGGCUGAGCUCAGCCAGCAGCAAAACAUCGACUAUUUGGUUUCGCAGAUUGGAGUACUGGAAAACAACCUCGGCCAGGCCAAAGACCAACUGGCGAUUCGAGAUGCAAAUAUCGCCGACCAGGAAAAGACCAUCGCCAACUUCCGAGGUCAGGCACGGCACUUGUCAGCCCAGCUUGAGGACUUUCAAGCCCAGGUUAGGCAUCAAGAACAACGCAUUGCGAUGCACAUGGAGAAGAUUGAUCAGCUCGCGCAGGAUCUUGACAAUGCCGAGACCGACGUGACUCACACAAAAGCACAAAAGCAGCAACUCGAGGAGAAUCUCACACAGCAGAAAGCCCAAGUCGUCGAGCUUCAAGAUGUCAUAGCCGAGCAGAAGCAGCUCAUUGACGAGAGACGCACAGCUGAUUUCGCGUCCGUAGCUGCUGAUGUAUCGUGUGAGCUCCCAGACGGCGAGAUACGGAGCAAGUUCGGCGAGCUUUUGGGAACUGAACUCGAUGACUGGUGCAUGGAUUACAAAAUCUACAAGAUGACGACAAACACCAAGGCUGUCCGAGAUCUUUAUGGCCGUUUUUAUAAAGACGGAAUCCUUUGGAGCCAUGGGGGCUUACCGUACAAUAUACGCUUCACGAAGCAUACCCCUAAGGCACAGGUCAUCCUACUUCAAGCUGCGCUGGCCAACUUCCUUUGCAAGCACUUCUUGCAAGAUCGGUUUUUCCUUCUCAAGAUGAAUCAUAGAGAAGGGGAGACUGAUGGAGAGUCUGCCCCAUUGCAGGCAGAGUAUACAGCCUUAAACAGCUUUUUGACCAAGUGUGAAUCCGAAACUGCUGCGCUACAAUGGCAAGCCACCACUGCCGGGAUCAUCCAGUCGCGGUUUACCCUGAGCGAGGCAAUGGCAGGAGAUGUGGCCAAGAUAUUUGUCAAAGAUAAUCAACUAUUGCUGAGACCGCCAUCGCUAGCCAUGCUUGACGAGCUUUCUGUGCUUAUCUUGAAUUUUGCCCAGUUUUGUCUCAGACUGUCGACGCGGGAAGUGCCGGUAUACGUCUGCAGCGAUGGGGAGAUUGGGGGGCAACCAUUCAAAGCGAAUAGUCGUCGCUGGGACCUGAGUCCACUGGUCGGUCUAGAGCGUGGUGAUCAAAGUCUCGAUGGCCGGCCUAUGUGCGUUAUCAUCAAGCCAAUGAUUUUCACCAAAAGUGCCGCAAGGGGCAGCAGAAGGAUAGUCUGGUCUAAGGCCUCUGUGUGGGUUUCCAACGAGUCGGCCGGCACCCACCCCCAUAACAAUUGAUAUUUAGAGAUCCCCGAGGCUGCCCUGGCCUCUGGCAUGGCGGGAGACCCGGCUGUGAUGAAGUCUAGAAUGGCACAUUUAGCGCGAAAAAGUCGCGCCAUAGCGCACGACGGUUGACAAAGGUGUCUCGGCGGUCAACGGUACUCCGUAGCACAGAGCUGGGCAAUCACACUUGCUGGAUAAUUUAAAAGCAAUAUUAAAAUCAGCGUUGGGCUGGCAUGAUGAGGCUGCGGUAACGAAAUUCUGUUGACGGGGGAGGCUUGUUGAGAUGGGGGAGGAUUUUACUGGUCACCGAGAGACGCGUCGCGUCUGAUCAAUUAAUUAAUACUAGCUAAACCUAAAGAGAGAAUGCCCCGCCAAUCGCCCCA